CGGCCCGGCCCUCUCUCUCUCUCUCUCUCUCUCUCUCUCUCGUCUCUCCCCUCUCUCUCUCACACAGAUACGCAUCCGCACACAGAGACACGCACACUGGGAAAACUAAAAUCAAAGAUCCAAUUGCCCCAAAAGAAAAUGGAGGGUGGACCGUCGAAUAAGGAACGUUUCUCUUCAGCUGAAGCAGUCAUGCUUGGCGCCUUGGCUCCCGGCGUCAACGGUCCGACAUGGAACACAGUGAAGAUUGCAUUUCUGAUGCUUGGUGUUUGCCUCGCUGCUAUGCUGAGCUUAGCAUUCUCCUUCAGCGACUCCUCUUUGAUUUUCCACGUCACUUUCCUCGUACUCAUCGCCGCCGUGCUUUUCGUGCUUCUUAGCAGCUUCCUAGCGGAAACGGGCCUUGUAUCGGUCGAACAUCAAAUGCAGGAGAUGGGCUUAACGAAAGGAGACGUUGGGGAUAAAAGCAACAAGAGCAAUUGAUUUUUAUUUCAUUUUUUCGAUUUUGACCGAUACACGCAGUUAUAUAAAAUUUCGGAUGGAUAAUCAUAAGACCUUACAAAUCAAGAACAAUUCUGUUUCGAUCAUUUGCAAAAGCCUGCUCUUCAAUUCUGUCUUCAGCCUUCCUUCUUUUCCUCCUCCUCCUUCUUCUUCGAGUUAUCGGUUUUGGUUUUGACGAAGCAGAAACACGAGCAGCAAGGUAACUGCAUCAACAACUUCAUUUCUUCGAACAGCUUCACGGAGGAUCGCAGCUUCCACUUAUGGUUCUCUUUUUGCCUCUUGUACUAAUAUAUUGUAUAUGAUUUUGAUUAUAUUCCAUUCAGAUAAAAAGAUGCUUAGCUUCUUUGAACAUAGUUGGUUCUUUAUUCUUUCUACUAUUAUACUACACAGUAUUUCUUUU